UCAGGCUUGGAGGACUGUCAUAGCGCUUACUGUAACCAAGAGACGAUAGUCCUAUAAGACGGGGCAACUUGAACGGGCACGAGGUCACAAAGGCUCCGAGUCUCACGGUGGGUUGCAUCUGCAAGUGACUUGCCCGGGUACCUGAUACAAGAGGUAAGAGCAAUGGAGGGUUUCAAUGUCUGCAAAUUGCGGAUGAGCUGCCACUGUGUUGCAAGACACUAUUCCAGUCUCCAGACCAUUUCCAUGCACCCGUGAAUGGUGCUUGUUGGGCCCAUAUCAAGUCCCAACCAUGAAAUUUCGUUUCCGGGGAGACUCUGGCACCAAUCCCAUCGCCGAAGCAGAUAAGCCAGCUGCAGCUGCGUCAACUGAGGAAGGUUUCCCUCAGGCUCAGCCGCUCUCCGGUGAUGAUGCACGUCCAACAAUCGCACCAGAUUCAAUGCAGACGGAGACCGAAAAGGUCGAUAUUGAUGCUGGUGAAGUAGAUGGAGGAACGUGGUCCACCAAGAACUUGAAGCUAUGGACCGAAUACGUGUCUUUGGCCACGCUCCAAGCUGCCAAUCGCGACCAUCUCUCCAACGAACAGACAUUCCUUGCCUGGCUUUCACUUGCGGAUGGCAUGGCAAUCCUCGGAGUGGUUGUGGCACAAGUCUCCAGGAUUCAACAGGUUCUCCGUCCCUACGAGGAAGACUCGAUACGAUAUCUCCUGUUGGGCAAACCGCAGGCAUGCCUUUGCUAUGGAACAGCCUGUUUGAUUCUUCUAAUUGGUGCAUAUCGAUUCUUUCAGCAACAGCAUGCAAUGAAUCGCGGCUUCACAGUUGUGGGUGGAUAUGAUGUUCCGUUGCUUGGAGUGUUUGUCGGGCUGUGCCUCCUUGCCUUCUUUCUACUGCUGAUCCUGGUAGAUAUCGCUGGUGUUCAAUAAGUGUGACAGCAAGAGCUUUGUCGUCGAUUGCGCAACAAGAUUAGAAUUCAUUCCUGCUCGGCGGUGCUUGGUCCUUCAUACCUUGGACCUACGGGCUGCUCAUGGACCAGGCACAGCGCGAGAGCAUCCAUCUCAUCACAACCCCAAUGGUAUAAAGGUAUCGUUACACCAACUUCCCUGUACAGUAAAUAGCAUACUAGUACGGUUUUCAACUACA